AGUGCAUCGCCCAAAAGCAGAAGUGAUUUAAGCCGUGAUUUGACGAAUAAUCGAGUUUUGCUGCCAUGUCUCAGUUACCUGUGUAUAGCCCGCCAACUCCAUUCCUGGCGCACCUACCAGCUGGGCUAGGUAUCUACCGAAAAAUUACGAUUCGUGGUCGAAUGACUCACGACCAAUUCAACAUAAACCUGCAGACAGGCCCCAACACGAACCCACGAGACGACACCGCUCUCCACAUCAGUAUUCGUCCCCGAGAUAGUGCCAUAGUGCGUAAUUCCAUCCAGUUCGGCAGCUGGGGCAUCGAAGAGCGCUUCGGUGGGUGUCCGGUACAGAAACGAUCCAUGUUUGAUGUGACGAUCACGGUUAAACCUGACAGCUACGGCAUCGCAGUCAAUGGAGCACACUACUGCGAUUUUAAUCAUCGCGUACCGUACGCGUCUGUUCGCUUCAUUCACAUUGGCGAAGGUGCCAACGUUGAUGCGAUUACAACAGAGUAAGAUCGGUCAAUCAGCCUUGCUUCGUUUAGCGUUAAGCUCAUGUCACAAAUAAAUCACGCCACUGCGCAAACUUGCCAUCGGUUUUGUCAUCCAAGUCUGGAGCAAAUUUGUUCUUCGUAUUUUGAUCCUUCCAUAUCUUAUCGAUGUCUGCUGA